AUGCCAGAUCCAGACAACGCUACUGGCCCAGUAAAGCGACAACGUGUGCUGGCGUGUCAAAGAUGUCGUCGACGAAAGCAGAAGUGUACUGAUAGUAGACCAUGUGAGAAUUGCGUCCAGUCAGGCUCGGAAUGCGUGCCAUUCGAAUCGUCGAUCACGGCUGCAACCGGAAACGAAUAUGUUCAACGGCUUGAAGAACGUGUUGCACAACUUGAGGCUCAGAUUCCUCGGGAAGGGCUUGACCACUUGCAACUUGAACGGUUGCGGUCUCGCGAAUCCGUUUCGCACUUGAUGACGAGGAACGAAGGCCAGAAUUCACCUAGCUCAAGUCAUGAGUUUCCGGACCUUACUCACUCCCCCGUUGGAUUUCAUGUAUCAGCACAUACACCCAUGGUGACGGACAUGGCUCCACCUAGAAGUGCAGCGUCCAACCGUUCCUCAGGAGCGCCCUUAGGUGGUGGUCAUCAAUUUGAGGUGACUGAACUUGGGGUUGAACAAGAGCGUGCACUUUUGGAGACCUACUUUCGAAUGGCCCAUGCCCAGUACCCAUUUUUGCUUCGACAUGAAGUUUACCAGUGGAUAGACGCAUGGUGGGCUCAACGAGGUAAUCCUUCAGAGGAGCUGAAAUGGCAGGCAUUUUUUGUUCACAUGAUUUAUGCUAUUGGACUUGUGAUGACCAAAUCACGAUUAGACGGACCGACCUUGGCACAGAAACUUCACGCAACUGCUACGACGAUGUAUCUUCCUCAUCUAAAAUCUUUGUCGAACCCGCUACGCCGAGCUCAGGGCUUGCUGCUCUUGACAGUCUAUUGUCUUCAUAUGCCCUCUCAGGAGAACAUAAUUUCACUCUCCUCCAUGACGAUAAGGUUUUGCAUCAUGUCACAGUUUCACCUCCUUGAAACUGAACCGAAAGUUCUCAGCAGGGAUGAAAUUAUCGAAAUACAGGUUCGAAGACGUGUGUUCUGGUGUGCCUACGCAAUCGACAGGGCCGUGUGCAGUACAUUUGACUUUCCCUGUUCGAUUCCAGACGAUAACAUCACGGUGCCUCUAUUUGACGAUGUCGACGACGAUCAAUUGCUUACGUCUUGGGAUCCGUCUGCGGCUAUAUCACCGGCUGUUGCGACAAUGAUGACUCCAGCGUUGCACGUAAUCAAAAGUCGACAAAUCGAAUCCGAAAUGCAAGAAAUGAUGCUACGCAAGAGCUUUUCUCCGGAGUCCAGUCAAGCAUUUCACUGGCGCUCGAUGAUGCUCGUCAAGCUGCAGGAAUGGAACAGCAUCUCAAGAAGCUCCCCUGAGCCAUUUCAGAAGGGAUAUGUAAGCCUUCGAUGGUUGGAGAUGAUAUACUACUAUCACAUAAUCUCUCUUUUUCGGCCCACAAAGGCGCUUGCAUCCGGCAUAGCAGGCGAUUGGUCGGUCCACAGCUGUUGCAAAGCUCUGACACUAUUUCGACGAUUCCAGAUGGCACGAGAGAUUGCGAAGCCCUGGCUAGGACUCUUGACGCAAUUCCAGAUUGGAGUCACGCUAUUGUAUUGCUUUUUCGCGACACCGCCAAGUCAAUGGAAAGAUUCGUAUCGAUCGCCGGAUGUGCUUGACGCCAUUCGGGCAUGUUCGACCACUCUUGCGAUCCUCGCUGACCGCUGGACGGAAGCUGAAUGCACGCGAGAUGUGUUUGAGGUUUUAGCCAGAGAAGUGCCAGUAGCAGAAAAUUGGCGUCGACCGACUCGGAUGAGCGAACGUGGAAGAAAGGACAUCGAGCAGAACUGGCCGCUUUUGCAGUCCACCGUCAUUCAUCGACCGACUCUACGAAUGAUUCACGAGAUGGCGGCUGAAGACUUUGCACAGGAUGACGACCUGGACGUAGAUGUUGCUAGUGGAGUCAAUCCAGAAGCACGCUCGGAGAUGCCUUCUACAGGGGAAUUCGAUCUGCAAUGGAUCGAUCCAUCGCAUGGACCUCUGGGAGAUAUGGCGACCCAUUUUAACCGCAGUGGUGCGACGGGCUUGUACACGGCCAACUUCGAUCUAGACUACGGGUGA